AUGGCUCCAAGGUCCGCAUUACAUCAGCACAAUAGCACAUUCAAGCCAGUCACUGACCAUCAGCAGGUAGUUCUCAAGUCUGCCAACAAGGGUGACUCGAACCUCGCGCGCGAGAUUCACCACCACCGGCAGUUCAUACAUCCGCAUAUCGCGAGGUUAUAUGAGGUCAUUGUGACGGAGAACAUGGUCUGGAUGGUCCUCGAGUAUUGUUCUGGUAGCUAUCCCAGAUCCAGUCUGCCAACACGGAAACUAACACUCCCAGGCGAUGAACUCUACAACCAUCUUCUCGAACACGGUCCUCUCCCUGUCGACAAAGUUCAAAAGAUAUUCACACAACUUGUCGGUGCGGUCAGCUACGUUCACAACCAAUCAUGCGUCCACCGUGAUCUCAAGUUGGAGAACAUUCUCUUUGACAAACACGAAAACGUCAAGUUGGUCGAUUUUGGGUUCACAAGAGAGUACGAGGGCCGAACCAACCAUUUACAGACUUUCUGCGGGACUAUCUGCUACUCAGCGCCAGAGAUGCUAAAGGGAGAGAAAUACGCAGGCGAAAAGGUUGACGUUUGGAGUCUGGGUAUCAUUCUCUACGCGCUUUUGUGCGGCGAGCUUCCUUUUGACGAUGACGACGACAACAUCACUCGAACCAAGAUUUUGAGCGAGGAACCCAAAUUCCCCGAACAUAUGCCCCCUGACGCGGUUCCGUUGAUCAAGGCAUUGUUAUCGAAACGGCCGCUUUUGCGCCCAGGUCUGCCCGAGAUUCUCUCCAACUCGUUCCUGGCUGAGCAUGCCCCCACGCAAAGGGCCAUUCUGAAUGUUCAGCAAGCGCCACCUUUUUCCACGCCUUUGGAAAAAGAUUGCCUGCAGCGGAUGCGCAGUGCUGGAGUCAAUAUUGAUGGUGUUAUAGAAAGUGUGCUUGCACAAAAGUGUGAUGCUCUGGCUGGCUGGUGGGCUCUGUUGGUGGAAAAGGAACAGCGAAAAAUGCAGCGUAGAGAGAAAAAACGGAGGGAGAGGGAGACUGACAGCCGCAGCAUACGACGAUUAUCCGCCGCUUCAAGCCGUCUGGAGAGAAUGGCCCCGACUUUGCACGAAUGGGAUGAUGCACAUGCUCUUGGACGGCAACUGAGGCUGGAAAAGUCGAAUUCUCGAAAUAGGGGCAGAAGCGAGCGAAGAAGUGCGCACUAUGUUGACUACAUCUUGUCUGAUCUUCCACAGCUUCCGGAAAUUAGGGAUUCUGGAGGAUUGAACGUGGACAGCGACCAACCUCCGCGACCCGUCGACAAGGACUCGAUACGAUCCGUCUCGACGUCUCGCCAGCGCCGGCCUAUACCGCCUCCUAAGGAGGGCCUGAUACGCAGCGCUCGGUCUCGAGGCUCUACCCUUCAUCUAGUUACUACCUCGGACGCCCUUGCUUCGAAUACCAGCGACGAGCAUCAACAGCAGAACGGCAGCGAGAGACCUCGAAGGAGACCAAGUCAGCCACUCAUCACCCAUUGGAAGAAUAUGACGCAUUGGCUCGUUGAGAGCGCAACGCGGAGAAGACGUGGCCAUGCCAGGCGAACCAGUCAGAGCACCCCCGACCUCCAUAAGAAGGAGGGAAGCACGGUUAGCAGUAAAGACGGAAGCUCACGACCACAGACUAGCAAAUACCCUGCCGCAACCUCACCCGGGACGCAACCGACAGCCUCGCUACCGAAGGGCGUUGUGGCUAACGGCCAAAAGGCGGCUGGAGCCAGUGCCCUGAGAACGGCUUCAGGAAGUCUGCCGUCGCCAACAAUGCAACCUCCCCGUCUCGCUACAUCGUACAAACGGCAGUCAUUGUCUCCUUCGCCUCUCACACCGAGAUCGACUGUUCGGCGGUCGUCAGCUGGACUGCGAGGUCGAAAGUCGACGUCGUCAUCUGUGUCAUCGGUGCGAUCGAUUCACCAUCACCACCACACCCACUCCAAGGCAUCUUCAACAAGUUCAGCUGCUUCGUUUUCUACUUCAAUGUCGAAGACGCCUCUCCAGCGAGGUCACUCACCUCAUCAUUCGGUAAAGGUUCUCCCAGCCACUCCCACCUCAGUCUCAUUCCCCUCCAAUAUCCGGCUCGUUCGGGCUACCCCACCAACCUUGACCAUGUUCAAUGAAGGCAUGCCAUCCGAAGGUCCUCCACAAGCUCCAGGAUCGCCCAAUCCUUUUGCAUCGGGUAUCAUGUUUGCAAAGCGAAAGCGGAACUUGUUCAAAGGUCCAACUCUCAAUAACUUUGGUGGACCUUCACAAGGCCAACGCAACGGUGGAUCUGGGUCGCAUUCCCGCAGCGCUAGCGCCUCUGGUCUGGGACGUCGGUCUGGAGAAAUCACUAUUCAAGAGGAGGACGAAGGUUCAGAGAUGGACGAUGACGUGGAAGAAGUCGAUGUCUUUAGCCCCGUCAUAGGCGGACCGGGCGAAAAGAUUGAGGAGCAGAUCUUUGAAGAGAAUGAGUCUCAGUAUGAGCUAGAGCCUGCGCCCACCAUUAUCGCCAAGUCGGACGCCCAACCCUUGACGAUGGCUGCUGAAAAGGCUCCUACAAACGCAUAG